AUCUUUUAUCGAUACACCUGAAAUCGAAAAAAAGGGCUUAAUAAUAAAUGUUCACCGUGACAUGCAUUAUCAAUAAUUUAUUCUUCAUUGAUAAAAUAAUACUUCGUUUAAAAUUCUUCAGAUUACACAUAGAACGAACAGCUUGGUAAUCUAGGUAUAUAUGGAUUAUUUGUUUAAACUUACACUUCAAUCAAAAAUAAUAAGACAAUUUCAAAAUAACUAACAGGUACCUCUUCAGGUAGUAGGUAAUUCAUACUAGAGAUAAAGGUAAUUCACAAGAAUUAUAAACAAACUUCAAAAUACUAUAUAGUUGCUUAAAUUUUGUUUCAACCUUACCUACUUCUGCCUAAUCUUACGAUUGGUGUCUGCGUAUAAUUCCCGCCACCGCAGUCAAUACGUAAUAAUGUCUAUAUAGGUACAAGCUCAUUCGCUUUCCGGUGAAGCAGAAGUGUAAUUGUAUAUCUUGAAAGCAUAGCCUUGGUUAUUGAUAUCGAACUCAAAUAAUAUUCUGAAUUAAUAUUUAAUGAUAAUUUAAUUACCUAUUUGUUUCUAAGUACAUACCUAAAUUAAAUAAUUAUGACCUCGGCAACGAUUAUAAAUAAUAAAAUACCAAAAAAGUUGGAAAAUCUUGAAAACUUUGGAAAAUAUCAAUAUUUACAGUAUUGCCUAAUAUGUUUACCCCUUAUGUUUAUUUCCAUGAUAAAUGUUAACUACAUUUUUGUAGCCGGAGAAGUUGAUUACAGGUGCAAAGUACCGGAAUGUGAAAAUUCUACCUUAAUAUCGAAAUAUUCGGCUUACGAUGAGAAAUGCAUGAGACCAGUUUUUCCAUCACCAAAUUAUACUUCUUGCUCUAACCUGACAUCGGUACAGUUCGAGGUUUGCGAAGAAUGGAUUUAUGAAAACAACAAUAGUAUUAUUUCUGAAUUAAACUUAGCAUGCCAACCAUGGAAGUUAUCAUUAGUUGGCAGCAUCCACAAUGGGGGUAUGAUUGUGUCAAUGGUUCUUAUGGGGUGGAUUUCUGACAAAAUUGGCAGAAAGCCGUGUCUCAUUUUGUGUUCGGUAACUGGUAUAAUCGGUUUGAUGAAGCUGUGGAUAACUAAUUACUACGCAUAUUUAGCGGUAGAGUUCUUGGAGUCCGUUUUAACAUCUGGACUUUACACAGUUGCUAUUGUGUUGUUAAUGGAAGUUGGAGGCCGCUCUAAAAGAGUUUUAGCUGGCGUUAUAUUUUCUUACUCUACAUACGUUGGAGAAGUAGCUUUUGCAUUUAUUGCAAUUGGGCUUCCUUAUUGGAAACAUUUAAUUGUUUUUAUAAAUAGCCCUGUGAUACUUUUUAUUUCAUAUCAACUCAUUUUAAAAGAAAGCACAAGAUGGCAGAUAUUACGGGGACAUAUUCGAGAAGCAAAGAAAACGCUUGUUAUUAUUGCAAAAAUGAACAAAAUUGAUAUAACUUCUGAGGAACUGAAUAACAUUAGCGACAAUGAAUUGAGGCAGAUAUUGAAUAUUGAAGUUCAAACAGAAAAAGAGACAUUCACUGACAUCAUCACUUCAAAAGAAACUAUGAAAAGAUUGGCCGUAACUUCAUUUUGUUAUUUCACAUCAGGUCUCGUCUAUUACGGUCUAAUGGUUCAUUCCGUAUUUUUACCUGGAAAUAAGUAUUACAAUUUCGCGCUGGUUGCAGUAGCAUCAUUUCCUGGGGAUUUUCUCGCCUAUUUCACAUUCAAUAAGUAUGGUCGAAGGAUAUCUUUACAGACGGGAUAUAUAGCUUGCGCUGUAUUUUUAUUACUGCAGUACUACGUUCAAGACACAUUGGUAUGGCUUAAGAUCAUCCUCUUUCUCAGCGGUAAAUUAGUAACUGCCUUAUGUUACACUGGAAUAUUUACAUACAGCCUAGAAUUAUUUCCUACUAGUGCCCGAGGAUCAUUGGUAGGAUGCGGAAAUAUGUCAUCUAGAAUAGGAUGUAUGUUGUCACCUUUGACAACAUUAUUGGUUCAAGAUAUGCCAAUGGUUCCAACAAUAUUAUUUGCUGCAACAUCAUUACUGUCCGGCUUGCUUCUGAUGCUUACACCUGAAACGAAAACUAUGCCUUUAAUGGAUACUAUCGCACAAAUAAAUAAUUUUAAGAAAAGUUGUGAUAAGUAAUUAAGAAGCUAUAUUAUAGUUCAAUACAAAUAUAUUAUGUAUAAUCA